GGGUGAAGUCUCCCCAGACCAAUCUCUUUCGGAAGUUAUGUUAUAUUAUUAUUAUGCAGGAAUAUAAAACCGGUGUUAUCAACUUUGAAGGCAGAUCCUUGAUUAUCCGAAGCCUUAUAGCGAAACGACGCAGAUUCGAUUCAACAUGGCAAUCUUGGACAAAAUCAUCCUUAAGCGACUCUCAUAUGUUAUCUAUGAACACCCUGAUAUUUCCCGAUUUGAUCAAUUUGCGAAGGACUUUGGUUUUGAGCUCUCAUGGACGUCGCCCAACAAUGAUAUUUUCUACAGGGGCUAUGGCAUAGAUCCUUUUUGCUACAUAGCUCGGCAGGCGCCCGAAGGGCAAGGAAAGAAGUUUCAUGGGGUGGGAUUUAUUGCAAAGAGUGCGCAAGACUUUCAACAAGCAUGCGAGCUCCCAGGGGCUGAAGUAGUAAACGUCACCGGUCGCCCGGGUGGUGGAAAGAUGGCUUCUGUGACAGACCCCAAUGGAUAUAUUAUUGAAGUAAUCUACGGCCAGGAGGAUAGGCCAAUACCAACAAAGGCGAUUUCGAAUGUGCAUGAUGGCCUGCCAAAUACGAAUGGAGCAAUAGAAAAAAAACGCAAAGGUAUAUUCAAUCGAUUGAACGAAGGCCCCGCCAUGAUCCAUAAACUUGGUCACUUUGGCUACAUAACAGACAACUACGUAGAGACCUGCGUUUGGUACACUAGUCAUUUUAACUUCAAGCCAACAGAUAUCGUUGGCAAGGGAGAUGGCUCUGGUACGGACCUGAUGUCAUUUUACCAUUUAGACCUUGGCGCCGAGUACGUCGAUCACCACUGCCUACUCUUGGCAUCCCAUGAUAGCAAUGGCAAAGGAACUAGCGUUCAUCACUCUUCAUUUGAGGUCGAUGACCUAGACACUCAGAUGAUGGGUCAUCGCUGGCUGAGUGAGAAGGGUUAUAAGGCGAGAUGGGGAGUGGGCAGGCAUAUCAUGGGCUCGCAGUUAUUUGACUAUUGGGUUGACACCACCGGUUUCGUCAUUGAACACUAUGCCGACGGUGAUGUAGUGAACGAGGAUGCACCAACUAUUCGGUCGGUUGGUACGCCAGCUUCUAUCUGGGGGCCCCCUGUCCCAGUUUGGGAAUAA